AUGGCUUCCAACUUGGUGCAACUCCAUGUACCUAUGUUGACCAAAGACAACUAUGGAAAAUGGUGCAUUCAAUUUAAGGCAUUAUUCGGCUCACAAGACUUGUGGGAUAUUGUUAGCACUGGCUAUAUGGAUCCUACUCUAGAAGAAGAAGAGGCGUACACUCCAGAACAGAAGAAUACUCUUAAGGACCAACGCAAAAAAGACAAGAAAGCUCUUUUCUUCCUUUAUCAAGGACUGGAUGAUAACACUUUUGAGAAAAUCUCAAAGGCCACCACUAGCAAGGCAAUAUGGGACAAACUGGCCAUUAUUCACAAAGGAGUGGAACGAGUUAAGAAGAAUGAUGAACAGCUUGAGGACGUACGUGUGAUUGAAAAGAUGUUACGCUCCCUUACUCCAAGUUUUAAGCAUGUAGUCACGGCUAUUGAAGAGUCGAAAAAUUUAGAGAUCAUGACAAUUGAAGAGUUACUAGGGUCAUUUCGAGUCCAUGAAUUGCGCAUUCGAAAGCGUGUUAAUAAUGCAAAUUGUGAACAAGCUUUGGAAUUGAAAAUGACUUCUGAAAAUAAUAGUGGUAGAUGGGGAAGAGGUCGUGGAAGCCCCGCUCAUCGAGGUUGUAGACACGGACGCAGACGUGGAAAUCCAAUUAAGACAAGAAACUUACAAUUUGGUGAAGGAAAAUCAACUCUGCAAUGUUGGAAUUACAAAUAG